CUUAUAUUUACCCUAACUUUCUCUUCUCUUCUCCACACUCACAAAAUUCAGCUCCUUCACAAAACAUCAUCAUCAUGGCCACUUCCCAUGUUUCUGUUACAAAAACCCUCACUGUCUUUCCCAAAACCUUAAACUCUCCAAAACUCUUGGAGCUCUCAAACUUAGACAGGCAGUGUCCCUUGCACGUGUACCUUAUUUUCUUCUACAAGCCAUCUUCUAGCUCAUCACUUGACUCGGUCUUCACCAACCUGAAAAUAGGGUUAGAAGAAACGCUAUCGGUCUGGUCCCCGGCGGCUGGUCGGUUGGAGCCGAACCCCGCCAACGGUAAGCUGAAUCUACGGUGCAACAACCGCGGUGCAAUUCUCGUUCAAUCGUUCACCCAUGUCGAGAUUUCAGAACUUGGAGAUCUCUCGAAUUACAAUGAGUUCUUUGAGAAGUUGGUCUAUAAACCUGUUUUGAAUGGGAAUUUUUCUGAGUUCCCUUUGGUUGUGGCUCAGGUGACAAGGUUUGGGUGUGGAGGAUACUCCAUAGGAACAGGAAUAAGCCAUUCAUUGUUUGAUGGACCAGCUGCGUACGAGUUCCUAAGUGCAUGGGCGGCAAAGUCAGCCAUUUUCAAGGACAAGAAUGAGCCAUAUGGGGUUGAGUUGCACACGCCAGUGCAUGAGAGAGGGAGGCUUUUGAUGGGUUACGACACGAAACGGAGCUUGGAGAAGAGGGCGAUGCCGUUGUCGGGGGCGGUGGCGAUCGAUCAUUUGUAUCGGUUGAUAAUGCAAAGCAUGACGGGUAAGGAGGAAAUAGGGAAAAAGGAAUAUGUUUAUAGAACGUUUAGAUUGAGUAGAGGAAUGAUCGAGAGGUUAAAGAAGAACGCUAUGGGAGAAAAUGGUGGCUUUGCUUGUUCGUCGUUCGAUGUUAUUGCUGCUCAUCUAUGGAAGGCAAGAACUAAGGCUAUGUCUGUGAGCAAAGAAAAGAUGGUGUGCUUACAAUUUGCAGUGAACGCCAGGAACAAACUGAUGCCUCCUCUACCUAAAGGCUUCAGCGGCAAUGCCUUUGUGCUCGCUUCGGUCGCCUUAACUGCAAGACAAUUGGAGGACGAAAGCUACAAAACAAUAGUCGAGAUGAUACGAAACGCCAAGUCUCGAGUCGACAACGACUACAUCAAUGCAUACAAACAAGGUCUCGAAGGCCCUCAGGCUUCCCUUCCUCCGCUCAAGGAGCUCACUGUUGUAUCGGAUUGGACCCGAAUGCCGUUCCACAAGAUCGAGUUCUUACAUGGACAAGCUCUCUAUGCAUCUCCUUUAAAGCCACCGAUCCUCGACGUCGCUUACUUUCUACAGAGCCCCACGGAUAGCCAAGCGAUCGAUGUUCGGGUCCCUUUGCUGGGAGGGACUCUUGAGGCUUUCUCCUCCUACUUCUUGACCGGCAUGCAAUGAGGCUUUAAAGUUACCCUUCUUUUGCAGGGUUGCUUUGUUUUAGGGUAUCCCUCUAGUAAGGUUCUAAGUUUGAAUAGCAUAAGGGUUUGUUCAUUACUGAACAAAUGGUCAAAUAGUGUACUAAGAAGAAUAAUAUGAUAUCUUUGUAGAAUAAGAGAGCCGACAAGCUUUUGUGGUACGGUACAGUCAAUGUCAACGGUCCGAUGGGCGUUGUAAUAAUUUCCAUCUAA